GGAGGAAGGGGGACUCGGGCUGGCUCCUCCCCACCGAAAGAGUCCAGUCCUGCUGGAAGAGCUCGGCGGCUGUCGACGGCCGCUGCCACGCUUCGGGCUCUCCUCCCUCCACCACGUUGCAAACUCCGCGGGACCGGCCUGGAAGGAAGGAACUCCUCCCCGGCCCCAUAAGAGAAGAAGCGGGAGAAAGGGAAGAGGAGGAGGCAGAAGCGGCAGCCCGGGGCGGGAGGGUGGCGGCAGGACGAGCAAGCCGCGGAGGGCGGGCGCUGAACAGCGGCAGCUGCGGCCGUGGCCCGCCUCGGACUUGCCCGCAAAAGUGCCACGAGAAAACUUCUGGUCGGGCAGGCGAACUGUUGCGAGGAAAGCGCGCGGGAGAGCGGGCAGCUCCCGCCUCGGAGCGAGUAAGACUGCACCCCUGGAGCAUUUUCGCUCAAGUCAGAGGGAUGUGAGGAGGUUUUGUGGUUACAUGACAUAUAAAAGGUGGAUCUCAUCAAUUUGGAGUCAACUUGGCGUGUAAAAUUGUCCAUGAGAAAGAUACACCAGGUUUGCUCAAAACAGAUGUCCGGUCUGACCUCCAGUCUCAAUUUGGAUUGUGAAGAGGGCCUUUUAAAAAUUAAAUGACUGCUGAGAGGAAAUCUAAGCUGAACAUUGCCAACGGAAUCCAGUGUUUAAAACUGCAGUUUUAAAACUGCCUUUUCCCUUCUGGAUAUUUGCUUGUUUGGUACCACAAGUAAUUAAAAAAAUGGAUAAAUACGACGAUCUGGGGCUGGAGGCUAGUAAAUUUUUAGAAGACCUUAGUAUGUAUGAAGCCUCCAAGGAUGGCCUCUUUCGGGUGGACAAAGUGGUUGGGAACAACCCGGAAUUUGAAGAAACCAGACGAGUGUUUGCUACGAAGAUGGCCAAAAUCCACCUUCAGAAACAGCGAGAACAAGAGGAGCUGAUGAAAGCCGCCUCAGGAGCUCCAAAUGGCAGUGCUGGUUUUGGUACUCAUCAGUUUCCAGGCCCUCCUUUAGCUAGAUCUGCCACAGGAACAAACAAAGUGCAUUUGGGAGAAAAUAUUGCUAAGCCUCCUUUGGCUGCAUCGUCAGUGGUAUGCGCAGGACACCAGCUAGCCUUUCCAAAUCAACCCCAACUUCAUACUGACGGAGAGCGAGCAAAGUUAUACCAAGAUGGCAAAAGAGUCAGUAGUGAACAUGAAUAUAGCGAGAGUCUGGGGGGUCUUGAAGUUCCUCGUGCACAAGGUUAUCACAGAGAAAGUCAGGCUAGUCAAUGUGGUACCAAAGCAUCGUUUUCUUCCCUUUCCCACGAAGAGCCCAAUAAUGGUGAUAACAGGACAACUAUACACAGUUGGGGAAGAGACGCUGAUAAGUUUUCCAGCCAGAAAUGGUCAAAUAUGAAUCAUAGUGAUGCACCUCAGAGAAGUCCUACCAAACUUCAAACAGAUCUCCACCUAUACCAGCCGUCAGAAAGUUCUUGCAGACCCUCCAAAAGUAGAAGUCUGGAAAGUGGAGAGGAAGGGGCUGGACUUAAUCAGAGCUGUGACCGAAACCCAGCUUGCCCAAGAACGUCGUCUUUUUCACAUGGUUGUACCUCUUUGUCCUCUUCUGUUGGGUUCGGUGAUGAAUUGUCUGUGGGACUUCCAAAACAAAGAUCUUCCUCAUUCUCUGCACACCCUGCUCAAACAGUUUUGAAUCCGUCUGAGCCCUUUCAUCCAAACUGUGGACUUGAGAUAUCGGCUACUGGCUCCCCAAGUAAAAACGUUGUUGACAGCCAGUCAAGGCAUGGUGAGAGUUCUCCCUCUUUGGUUUCUGGUUCACUUCCUACACCGUUGCCUCCAAGUGUAGGUUAUCAGCAAGCCAACACUCAGCCAAAGCCUACAGGCCAUUUUGUCGUUCAUGGUCAAAAUCACAGGCUUAAUUGUGCUGGAUCUGGCAUGAGUCCUGAGCAGAAUUCCAUCGGAGUAGCAUCUCACGGACCAAUGAUUUCCAAUGUUCCAAAAUCUCCCUUUGUAGAGGGCAUUGCUAGUCUUCAGCAUGACUCUGGUCACCAAGAAACCUCCGCUUCUUCAAAAAUAAAAUUGCCCUGUCAGACACUCCUUCCACAACCAGAACAAGGGCCAUCCACAGCGGAGCUAAAGUUAGAAGCUCUUACCCAGCGUCUAGAGCAGGAGAUGGAUGCGUGUCCCAAGGCUGACUACUUUGGGUCCUGUGUGAAGUGUAACAAAGGUGUUUAUGGAGCAAACCAGGCUUGUCAGGCCAUGGGGAAUCUCUACCAUGACGGAUGCUUCACCUGCGGUGCCUGUAGUCGAAAGUUGAGAGGGAAAGCCUUUUAUUUUGUGAAUGGGAAGGUGUUCUGUGAAGAAGACUUCCUGUAUUCUGGUUUCCAGCAAUCGGCUGAUAGAUGUUUCGUUUGUGGACAUUUGAUAAUGGACAUGAUUCUGCAGGCCCUGGGGAAGUCAUACCAUCCUGGCUGCUUUCGUUGCGUGAUCUGCAAUGAGUGUCUGGAUGGAGUGCCGUUUACAGUAGACAAUGAGAACAAAAUCUACUGUGUUCGAGAUUACCACAAGGUUUUGGCUCCAAAAUGUGCAGCAUGUGGACUUCCUAUUUUGCCAAGCGAGGGAUCUGAUGAAACUAUUCGUGUUGUGUCAAUGGACCAGGAUUACCAUGUGGAGUGCUACCACUGCGAGGACUGUGGAAUGGAGCUGAACGAUGAAGACGGGCAUCGCUGUUAUCCCCUGGAUGACCAUUUGCUUUGCCAUGCCUGUCACCUUGUUCACAUAGAGAAAGGCUCGACUCCCGCGGCUGCAUAUAGGCAUCACUACUAGCCAGGUCUAUGGGAGACCCACCCCAGAAGGCUAGCAGAGGAACUGCCGUUGUCCAGCCAUUUUGUCUGAGGUGCUCGUUUGCUCCCAGUUGGCAACUUGCUGUUAAGAGGCUCAGUCCCAUGCUUUAUGUGCUAGGGAAUUCUACACGGAGGAUAUUUUUGACAAAGCAGACACAAUAGUUGUGGGUUCUUGUGAGGAAGUUGAGAGUGGAUGGAUUAUUCUUCUAAUACGGAAAGGAUACAGACAGCUCGGUCCAGGUGGGGGUGGGGGAAGCUAUGUGGUGGCCUGGGACAGCGAAGCCAAGGCAGUGUUGUAUCCAAAGGGGCUUCAGAUGGCACAGAAAGGAGGGGAAGUGAAAAACCUUCCUGCCACCCCAUAGGCCACACAGUCGUACAGCACACUUUCCAGUGGCGUGAGUCUGUAGCUGCGGAGGGGGCUGUUCCUGGGCUGGAAGCACAGUGGAAGCUGACUGAAGUCAGCUCUAUGCCUGGUAAUGCCCCCCCCCCCAAUGCACGCACAGUGUCCAGUCAGAUACUGGCAUAGCUCCUUGGCGGUGGCCACUUCCAUUCCCCCAGUCUGUUUUGCUCUCCCUCCACUCCGCCAUCUGGAUUGGGCCUAUAGUGAGUAAAAUCACAACAAAUUGUGCUCUUAAGUAACACCCACCCUCCCCAUAGUGCCACAAGUAUGUAGUGAUACCUCGAUCUGUAGGUCUUGUCUACAUCUGACCUUUGUUGUGGAAAUGCACAUUGCCCUCAUCAGGUAGUCGAUGUAAUGAGCAUCUAUUGAGCUUUUUGCUUCAUGGCUCCCAUUCAUAGAAAAAGGCCAUCAACAUGCUUUAUUACCGUAUAUACUUGUGUAUAAGGUGACCUGCAUAUAAGUCGAGGCACCUAAUUUUACCACAAAAAACUGGGAAAACUUAUUGACGCAUAUAAGUCGAGGGUGGGAAAUGCAGC